CUUGGAGCAAGUUUUCUGCGUCUGCGUUUUUUAAAUCUCAAUGAAUUGGUAGUAUAUGGCAUAAUCUGGGUGGAUGAACUUAAUGGGCUUGGGGAGGCAACAUGUCAUAUAGAGGGAUCCAAAGUCGUGGGACUUGACUGUGAAUGGAAACCCAAUUAUGUAAAAGGUAGUAAGCCAAACAAGGUUUCUAUCCUGCAAAUAGCUUCUGAUAAGAAGGUUUUCAUCUUUGACAUGAUAAAAUCAUACGAGGAUGUGCCUGAUGUUCUGGACAACUGCCUAACUCGCAUCUUGCAGUCUCCAAUAAUUCUAAAACUUGGAAUGAGAAUCUGUCCUUUUCGGAAGAAGGGGAUCUUCUUCCCAUAUAGAUCCUACUUUUCUAGUUAUUUUUUUUCCUGA